AUUGGAUUUAAGUUAUUUGCUUUCGACGUUCUCCCUUCUUUUAAAAAGGUCGGAUGGAUUCCACGUUGCUUGAUAAUCUUAAGAAGGCAGGGGUAAAGGACAGUGUAAUUUCUAUUCUUGAAGAUGAAGAGUUUGAUUCAGCUGGUAUUUUAAACAAUACAUCUGAUGAGCUGUUGAAGGCAUGUGGCAUAAAAGGAGGGCAAGUUAUACGAAUCAAAAAUGCAUUGGCAACGAUUAACAACUUGGACAAGUUUCUACCAUUAAGAAAUGUUCCAUCCACCAUUGAACCAUCCACCCAGAAGAUCGCUUUAUCCACUAGUCAUUCCUUUGCCAUAAAUGACAAUGUCAGCAAUUCUUCAGCGUCAAUUGAAGAAGCUCAUUUGUCAACAGGCACACCGUCACCUACAACAUCCAGUACACCUCGACAUACCAUAGCAUCUGAAAAGAGUGAUCAACCUUCACCAAGCUUUGUACUUGUGGAAGAAAGGAAACCGAACAAGAACUGGAUAAAAGAUUUUAAACUUCCUAUUUCUUUUUCUCCAAGAGUGAAUGAAGCACUGCAAGCAGGAAAACUUAAUGGAAACCUUAGGGAUGAGUUUACUAGGGACAUUUGUUCUUCUAUUAAAGCUCAUACAAUGUUUCCAUCCAGAGAAGAAAAACAAAGAGUGGCGUCCAUGAUUGUAGAAAAAUAUACUUUUCUUGUCGAUUCACUUGGAGCUGGUACAGGGUCAUGGUUGAAAGCAAUCACUAAUCGAUUCAAAAACAUGCGUAGAAAGAAGACAAAUUCAACAACAAGAUCUGUUUGUGUGUCUCAAACUACACAAAAGCAGCCAGAAGCACAAAUGAAAAGACGUAAGCUGUAUGAUGUUUAUGAUAUGGAUAAUGGUGAGACUGCAGAAACGUGCGAAGAACAUAAAAAAGCCAUGGUAACCGAGAUGACGAAAACAAACAAAAGAUAUAGACUAAUUAAAGAGCUCAUGGAGUUGACCUACCCCUACCGGCGCCAACAAUUUAUAAAUGAACCAAAAGUGUUGAAUGAGCUACUGACUGAGUAUCCAGCUCUUCAGCUUGUUUCAGAGGUAAAAGCAGAAUUUGGUCGAAUUUUGGCAGACCAAAAUGCAGCCAGCAACAUGGUUAUCCAUUACAAUAAUAUGGUUCAAAAUGUAAUAAAAUGGGCAGGCAAUAGUGACAACAAACACAUAAAAAUAUUGAUGUCAGACAUGGAGGCCAUGCUGUUGCAAAAACCUAAUAAGGAAGCUGAUAUAAGGAGUGCAGUUACAGCAUUGAUUAUUCAGGUUGUGUUGAAUGAAAAAUCCACGGCAAAUUGCUUAGUUUUCAAGAUCUGCUGCGAAGAUGACUCUUUUGAUGAUGAAAUAGCAAACACCACCUACCCACGACUAAUUGGAUCGGGAGAAUUAGGGAGUCUGGACCCCCUUGUAAUUGCUACCGAAGGGCAAAUUUUUUUAGAUCUGUCAAAAAAAAAUAUAGAAAUUUCAUUGUCUAUAGUACUACUUCUAGGUACAUUUUAUGUACUUAAUAUGGAGUAUACACCAAAGGCCUGUAACAUUUAUGCCCUUUUGGAAGUAGUUUUGAUGGGUAAGCCCGCAAAUGCAAAGAAAAGGGUUUCAGUUCAAAAGUUUGUGAAAAGUUUGGGGCUUUAGAGAUUAUAAUAUAGUAGUAUUUCUAAGAUGUUUUAUAUAUUUAGUUAUAUAUAUAUACAUUUAACUUUACUUGUUUCAUAUAUUGACUUGUUUAUAGUAUGUUUUAUGUUUUGUAUAUAUUUAUAUGUGUGAAUACAUGCAUAUAAAUCAUUU